AUACAGGCAGUGGGCCGGGCCUGGGACCAGCUGAAGUCCAUCUGCAGCUCUUCACUUCUUUCCUCCACCUUUAAUAUGAUUGAUCAGCGAAUGGAAAGCCAGAGGAGCAAAGCAAACGAGGAGAGAUCUUCAUCUUCACCUUCCAUUUCUCUCCUGAUUGAAUUUAAACGAGUGUGAUGUGAAGGCAAGGGGGAAAAACAAAAACCAAAAAAAAAUCACUUCUUUUUUUCCUUUUCUCACCCUCACAGUGCACUUCUCCACUACAUCACCUUUCUUUUUUUUUCUUGUUGCUUUUUUUUUUUUAAAGAAUUAUUUUUUUUAAUUUUCUGGUUCCUCCUUGGAUCCUUUGGCUUUCAGCACGGCUUCACCUGGGCACGUCUUUUCCUGAAGUCUCACCAAAAACGACACCAAGAUUUUCUUCUGCCAACUUUAACGCACGUCAGGGCAAAAAAGAGAGAGAGAGAGAAAAAAAUAGAAAGAAAAGGGAAAUUUUUUGAGGCGUAAAGAAGCGUUAAAGUUACACAAUGAGUCUCAAAUCAGAUUCUGAGCCGAACAACAGUGUAUCAUUAGAGGAGGAGGUACGAACCCUUUUUGUCAGUGGUCUGCCGGUAGACAUAAAGCCGCGGGAGCUGUACCUGCUGUUCAGGCCGUUCAAGGGAUAUGAAGGAUCACUUAUAAAACUAACUUCAAAGCAGCCCGUUGGCUUUGUUACCUUCGACAACAGGUCCGGGGCCGAAGCAGCCAAAAACGCAUUAAAUGGGAUUCGUUUUGACCCGGAAAACCCCCAGACGCUGCGUCUGGAGUUUGCAAAGGCUAAUACCAAGAUGGCAAAGAGUAAGCUGAUGGGCACGCCGAACCCCUCAAGCCUGCACCCUGCUCUUGGGGCUCACUUUAUAGCACGUGAUCCAUAUGACCUGACUGGUGCAGCACUGAUCCCAGCAUCCCCAGAGGCAUGGACACCGUAUCCUCUUUACACCACUGAGCUCACCCCCGGCCUGCCCCAUGCAGCCUUUACCUACCCCGCAGCCGCCGCCGCCGCCGCCGCCCUGCACGCCCAGGUGAGGGAGCAACCGAUGCGCUGGUACCCCUCGACCUCAGACACUUCACAGCCCGGAUGGAAAUCUCGCCAGUUCUGUUAAAUAUAUAAUAGUGCCACUCAGUACACGCAAGUUCAACCCUCCGUCCCUCCGUCUCCUCGACCUUCUCUCUGCCUCUCCUUCUCAGUAUAGGUGUACUGAGAUUUGUACUACAUGUAUUGAAAGGUGUACUACAUUUCAUUCAAUCAGGUAUAUUUAACAACAGAAACAAAAAGGUAUAUAAAUGACUGAUUCUGGAGAUUCUUUUCUCCUGAAGGACCCUGAGCAUUAAAAAAAAAAAAAACAGUAUGUAGUCUCCAGCCUGGUGCUUCAUGGGCUAAUGGUACAGUCUCUGAUUUUUCAAAGCCACGCAUGUAACGAGCCAAUCACGUGCAAGUUGAAAUGUUCUUGCUGCUUUCUGUUGGUUGUGUAUGUUUGAGGAAGAGGAUAAUCAUUAUGCAUGUUGAAGUAGAGUACAUGGCAUGAAAUGUAGAUUUGUGUUGCCAUUUGGUCAAACCCUUCAUGCUUUUUUAAAAAUAUUUUUUGGAGAUCUUAAAUGCUAUACUCAUGGUAGAUGUUUCUACAUCUUGCUACUAUCAAAAUGCGAGUCUUUGUUUGUUUUUGUGUGUUCAGAAUUGAACUCCACAUGCACUGGGUUUUUUUUUUUUUUAAUUCGUUUUUUAUUUUUUACUAAUUCGCUACGAUUGUGAGUUAAAUUGUCCAUGAUGGACGAAACCCGAGAUGCUUCUCCUUCCAAACCUCAAAUCCAUCGCCCCCUGCUCCGGUGUCUGUGCUUGUUUAGAGUAUAUUUGAACAAAAAAAAAGUACAAGUAUUUUUGUACAAUUGUGUAGUUAUGGAUAUUUAUGCUUUUUGUUUUGUGAAAUGACUUAUAUCUGUAUAAGAUGUUCAGUCUACCCGUGUUAUUUUGACAUUUUUUGUUUCUUGUAUCUUGUUUGAAGUAGAUAAGUGCAAUUUGUGUUUUUGUGUGUGUGUGUGUGUGUGUGUGUGUCAAAUGGCAGGACUAUGUUUAAUAAAUUAUAUGGUCUACUAAUAUGAUGU